CACCACACCACACCACACCACACCACACAACAGCAUCACUACCCCCACGACCACCAAGAUGCUACCCAAUAACGCAAUGGACAACGACAAAUACAUCGUGCGCAACCCGCCCAACGCCCGCAUCACCCCGCUCCGGCCCUGCGAAUACGAUCUGGACGGCGUGAACCUAGUCUACCUGCUACGGGUGCUGUACAACGGCAGCGGCACGCGGCUGAGCAGCUCGCGGCCCUUCGACUACGACCAGGCGCGCGCGCUGGCCAAGAGAAUCCUCUGGGUCGUCGCGCAGCCGCCGGAGGCCGACCUCACCCUGCAGGUGCAUUCAUUCUGUGGCCGGGUCAUCGAGCCCGAGUUCUCGCGCGCGACUGCGCGCGGCGAAAAGUUCGAUAUAGCCACGCAGCCCGGUGCCUUUGGUAGGGCUGUUCGGGACGCAAGGACAUUGACCCAGCUGGCUUGGCGGCUGGGGAUGUCGGACCCCGAGGUCGACGAGAUCGUCGAACGCGAUGGUACCCCGCCGCCGCCGUAUACCGAAGGCUAGUCUGCGGUUGGGUGGUUGUUGUUUGGGGUGCAAUCUAGAUGAGUG